AUGAAUGCAGCCGCACUGCCGGCACCAGAUCUGUCUGAUGCCGUACUUGAACUGGCGGCACUAGAGGACCUGGCAAAAAAUGAAGCGGAGUUGCCCACGGUGGCUCCGGCGCCGGCGAAGUCCUCUUCGGAGGCUGGCGAGGCGGGAGUUGCAGCUGGUUCGCAGAGCCUCUGCGGGCGUUUGUUCCUGCGGCCGUGUCGGUCGCCGGCGCUGUAUUUCCGGCGUUUGCACAUGGAGUUUGGAGUGUCUUUGUUGCUGUGCCUGAUGUCGAACUACUUGUUCUUGAAGGGGGCAGCUUACCACAUGGCGAUCGCGGCGUCGACUCCCGUGUUUCGGGAGGUGCUGAAGCUGCCGGCGGAGCAGCACAGCGUGGCGACGGCGCUGUUCAUGAUUCCCUGGAGCGUGAAGGGGAUUGUGGGUUCGGUUUCGGACUUGUUUGCACUUGGAGGUUACCACAAGCGUUCGUACAUGCUGCUGGCUUCGAGCAGCGGCGUGGUGGGCUCGAUCUUGCUGAUCGCCUCGGCGGGCCGGCUGACGAUGGGCAUCGCAGUCGCGGGUUUCUUUUUGAUAAUGGUGCAGGCGAGCUUCAACGACUUGUUGUGCGAGGGUUCUUACACGCGGAAGAUGGCGGAGAAGCCGCACACGGGGGCCUCGCUGACUUCCUUCGUGUGGCUGUGUUCCUCCGUGGGCACCUUCGCGCAGGCCGUGUGGGUGGGGCCCGUGGUGGACCACCUGCCUUUCCAGGUGGUGUUGGCUCCGUUCAUGCCGCUGUGUGCGCAGCAGUUGAUUCUGCUGGUGUGGCCGUGGCCGUUUCGGCCGUGGAAGUCGCACGCGGGGGUGGUGGGCGAGGCGUACACGCCGAAGCCGGAGCGUUUCAAGGGCGUGCUGCUGCGGGAGCACGGGCGUCUGUUUGCGUGCGCGUUGUGCCUGACGGCGUGCGCGUUUGGGUCGAUGGUGGCGGGUUUGUUGAGCGACCGCAUGCACGUGGUGGGGAUUUGUUACUGGUUUUGUUCGGGAGUGUGCAUAACAGCCACAGUGGCCUGCACAAUGCCCGCGCACCUGGCGAAGCCAGUGCUGUACAUGUUUCUGGGCCGGUGGCUGGUGCCGAACAUCUCCUCGCAGUUCUCCUACUGGCUCCGCGCCGGGCCCGACUGCGUGGCCGACGGCCCCCACUUCAGCUGGAGCUACUUGUUGACUUGGAACGCGUUGGCGCAGUCGGUCUUCGCCUUCGUGGGCGUGGCGCUCUUCCAGCGCUUCGUGUCCCGCUGGACCUUCCGCAGGGCUUUCCUGGUGACCUCCGUGCUGCAGCAGCUGACGAGUUUGCUGGACGUGGCGAUGGUGUUGCGUUGGAACCGGCGAUUGGGCAUUCCUGACAAGGCCUGGUACUUCUGUUCAGCUUCGAUCAUAGAAGAAGUGGCCUCCAUGUGGGCUUUCAUGCCUGGCUGCGUGCUGAUCUCCAGACUCUGUCCCAAAAACAUCGAAAGCACUAUGUACGCAGUGGUCGCGGGGCUGCAGAACUUCGCGCAGUCGAUGGCCAAACUCAGCGGCAACUUCUUGUGCUUCACUUUGCUGGGCGUUCGCACUUUGGCUUCUCCCGGGGGCCCCGCGUGCGACUUUUCGGGGCUGCCGCUGGGCAUAGGGCUGGCCAUGGGGGUUUGUCCUUUGCUGCCGAUUUCCCUCACUUUCUGGCUGGUUCCCAACAUCUUCAUGGACCAGGCGGUCACUGCAGACGCUGCUGCUGCUGCUGCGGACCCCGCAGCAGCAGCAGCAGCAGCGCAGCAGCAGCAACGCGAGCUCACCGACGGCGAGCAGCACGCUGCUGCUGCUGCUGCCAGCACGCAAGUGCCCCCCAGCGGCGAAACCGAAGCAGCAGACGACGCAGACACUUCGCCCGUCUCCAGCGCAGAAGACUCCGCAGAAGCAGCAGCAGCAACCGACGCCACUCCCCCCCCAACCCCAGCUGCAGCAGCAGCAGCAGCAGCAGCAGCAGCAGCAGCGGCAAACGCCGCAGCAGCAGCUUCUCCCCCAGCGGGCGCGCAGACUCGCCCGCAACCGCCAGCUAAAGCGCCAGCAGCAGCAGCAGCAGCAGCUGCUGCUGCUGCAGCUGCGCCGGGCACUGAGGAAGGCAGUGCGGAGAAAAAACGGAAAGCAGCACCAGCAGCAACACCGCGUGCCACUGCAGCAGCAGCAGCAGCAGCACCGUCAACUACGCCUGCAGACGAGAGGGCUGCGGAGGCGGAGACGGACCAGUUGAAACAGCAGCAGCAGCAGCAGCAGCAGCAGCAGCAAGAAUAG